GCGCGCAGUUUGGUCUGCUCCCUUAUUUCGAGUUUUGCCGAGAACAUGUCCGCCAUUCGAAAGAAGCUGGUCAUUGUUGGGGAUGGAGCUUGUGGAAAGACAUGUCUACUCAUAGUUUUUAGUAAAGACCAGUUCCCUGAGGUUUAUGUUCCAACUGUUUUCGAAAACUAUGUUGCUGAUAUCGAAGUUGACGGGAAGCAAGUCGAACUGGCCCUUUGGGACACAGCAGGUCAAGAAGAUUAUGAUCGUCUCCGACCUUUGUCGUACCCGGACACCGAUGUCAUAUUGAUGUGUUUCUCUAUUGACAGUACUGACAGUCUUGAUAAUAUAAUCGAAAAGUGGCAUCCGGAGGUAAAACACUUCUGCCCAAACGUUCCGAUAAUUCUCGUGGGUAAUAAGCAAGACUUGCGUAGUGAUGAACGAGCACAUCACGAGUUAGCAAAAGUACGCCAAGAGUUAGUCAAAUAUGAAGAGGGACGCCUCAUGGCUGAUCGUAUCAGUAAGUUUUGUGUCUAUGUUUUGUUAAGUCUUAUCUGUUUACAGUAGGUUAAUUAGAAAACUAGUCAGUUAAUCCCCACCAGUCUUUAAUUGAAUUAUUUAAUUGAAUACCCAUAUUUGAAAGAUGCUGUUUUCCUUUCCUUUAUCUUUUUUUAGUGGAUACAAGGAUUAAUUAUUUAUGUCGUCUACUAUCGUAGUUGCUUAUACAUGAGGCCUGUAUACUUAACGUUUCUGAUCUCUACUAGAAAACUAUCUGUAACGUAAUUUUCAACUUUUCUCUUUAGAAUAGUGGACUAGAAUGUUUCGAAUUAACUGUAUGUAAACCUUGGUAAGUAGAUUUAUCCACUCCUUCAGAAGCUUGAUUUUCUGAUAUCUGUAGCUUUUGAGCUUACUUAUGUAUUACCAUCCAAACACAAACCUAGUACAGCAUUGGCAUCAAGGGAUAUAUCAUACAAAAUAAGGAAGCAACACUAUGAAAACGCAGAAAACUCAGGAAAAAUGGAAAGGAAAGUAGAAAUGGGUUGUUAUAGGAGUAGUCUCAAAGAUACAUGAUCGCCACUGGUUUGGAUUCCGAGCCAUGUGCUAUUGUCUCAAGUCACUAGGUUUCAUGAUAUCUUGGACACCAUCCAGAAAGUUGUGAGGUACCUACAGAUUCUACCCUGAUACAACUUCUUCAUCCCAUGGUACCACAUCGUACACUUUCGUCAUCGAACAUCCUCAACUUGGAGAGGCAAGGUUUCACGAGUGUAGAAUAAAAAUGCCCCCAGUGGCACGCUGUGUAUACUUGACCUUAUGCUGGGAGGUUAACAUCACGAAAGCAGCGAAGGUGACCUAGAUUGGUGCAUUCUGACACGAUGCAGAGUCUUCUGCACACCUUUAGUAGCAGUUUGAGUGUUUGGGAUGAGUUUCUCGCCACCCGAAUGCAAAUUGUUGCUCCAGCACUGGUCUUCAACGAUGCCCCGGCUCACAAUAGAGAGUGAAGUGGUCAAGCGCGUUAAACACUUAACUUACGUGAGAAGUCAGAUCAGCCUUGGUGGAUCAAUAGCGAACGAACUCUCUACAUAGUUACGAAAGCUCGGUUGGCUUUUGCCAACUUACGCCAUCAGUGGCGCCGCCGUGAUAUCGGAUUGUCUAUUAAGGAUUGAGUGUACUGUGCUGCAGUCUGUUCUGUUCUACUGUAUGCCUGUGAACCAUGGUCAUUGAAGGUAGAAGACUUGGGAAAGCUUCAUGUAUUUGACCACUGUUGCCUUCGUAGCAUAGGUCAUGUUUCGUGGUGUCACCACACGAGUAACGCAGAAGUCAGGCGUACGGAGGAAGAGAGGUAAGUCAGCUAAUGCAGUUGUUAACCUUCAUCGACUGAGGUGGCUGGGACAUGUGCUACGUAUACCUAGCCACCGUCUGCCACAUUGCACAAUGUCGGCCGAAGUAGGUUCAAGCUGGAAGUAGGCUCGGAGUAGCCAGACCAAAACGUGGCAUCAAUACAUGAAGUUCUUGACUGCUCGUUUGAGCCAUGCAGGACGAUGCAGACUAGCCGGUUGGUUGGAGACUGUAGGUGAUAUGGCUCAGAACCUAUGUAGUGGUUCAGAUGUAUGCAUAUAUUAUCUUUAUCUUAACCGCUACACUUAAUCUCAUCACUUUCUCAUUGUUCCUUCGCCUACUUUACUACUUUCUACUUCUUUUGACCGAUUUUCCUUUCCUUCGUCUAUUUUAUUGCCUUGCCACUCGUUGUGCUGAUGUGAGAUGUGACAACUUGGACCGUUACACAAUAAUGCCUGGUCCUAUGUUGAUCUUGAUGAUGUCCAAUAAUACAGAAGCACCUCGAUCGUACAAAACAUACUACGUUUACGCACACUAAUCACUAACUGACUGAGUACAAUUUGUGUAGCUUGUAUGUUAUCGCACAGUGAAACAAUGCCGUCCGCAUAUUCAAGAUCGAAAAGCUUUACCUGGUAACACGUCUACGUAACCACACUUCUUUCAGGACUGUCUGUAGGAUGUCAUCAAUACCUAAGGUGUAAAGGAAUGGCAAAAUUAGGUAACCCUGUCUAACUUCACCAUUGGUUUGGAACAGUGUAUAUAUCCACUCAACCUGGGGUGUUAAAGUGUGGGGCUUUCGUAAUAUUAACAAAUUUCUCAGGGAUGCCUCUCUCUGGCAGACAUUACAAUCGUAUAGCUCUAUCGUGUGAAUCAAAAGCAGCCGCAAUAUCGAGGAAUAUUGCGAUCGUUGGUCUGCAAUACAUGUGACAGUGUCCGACAGUCUGACGGAAGGUGAACACGGAAUCAGUGUAUCCAUGACCUAAACAAAACCCAACCUGCUCCUCGUGGUUCACUUUCUCACGCGUUUCGCACAGCGUGUGAAGUAUGACAGCAGCCAACACUUUAGACACUACCGGUUGCAGACUGAUACCUCAAUGGUCAUCACAUAUAUCGUCUAAACCUUUUUGAAGCUGGGUAGAAUAGUGGUUUCAUCCCAGAGUUAUGCAACACUUUCAAUCUUCCGUACCUCCCCAGACAAUUUGGUCACUCCCCUGACCUCAGUUUCACGUCCCUCAUCAGAAAAAACCCAGGAUAAACUGUCUGGGCUGAGUUCCCUAUAGUAAUUUAGUACUUAGAGUCGUUUGCAGACUUCCACUAAUUUAGGUGGGUUGGUGUUAACAGAACGUGGAGCAUAGGAAAUUAAGACUAGUGUCCCAGACAGUUAUCGGCGUCUCACUUUAACCAAGCCUCUUGACGCUGAUGGCUCAAAAGAGUUGGGACAUCUCCCAACUGUUGUAAGACACAGCUACUACUCCCAUCUGUCUUGCGCGCCCUCACCAUCAGGCCUAAUGAUCCUCACAUAGACGCCGUUUGAUCUGUUGAUCACACUGUUGUACUCACUGCUUACCGGAUUGCAUCCAUGAGCAUAAAAAGUCGCACGGGUCUCGCUAAAGCCGGGUGUUUAUUAGGGGGACGUUCUUCAAGGCUACAACCAUAUUUAGUUACCGUUUUCAUGGCAUUUUAGAACUACAGCCAGUGUUCGUUUGUGAUUUCUGAAGGUUAUUCAGCCAGCUUUGGAUCUAGCUGGGUUUUCGUAUUUGGCUGCAAUAUUAGAAGCAACUAGUUUUCUUACGUCAACCCGUUUACAACAACUUUAAUGACCACUAAAACGCAAGGUGAGCCUAACAUACACUAGAGCGUGGUCAGAGUCCACACAGGUGCAGUUCUGAAAACACUCAUCUCAUCUGUAGCCUACUGCAAUAUGAUCUAUUUGAUUCCGGAUUGAGCUGGCAGAAAGAGGAUGCUAGGUAACACAACAGCGGUGACUGUACUGGAAUUUGCAUCUAGCUAGAAACAAGUUAUAAUCUACUCGAAGCUACAGAAGGUAUCCCUCAUCUGGUCUGCAACCAACUAAUCCCCACUGGCCACCUAAACGACCCUCGUUUGAACCCAAAUAUCCGACCCAUGCAUUCAGGUUUCCUACUAUCACUACGAUACCCGUCGAGUUCACCUAAUUGAUGACUAAGCUCACUCUGAAUGGACUUUCUGAACUGACAGAUGGCAAAGUUAUUUGAAGUACUUCAGUUUAAUGCUUCUAUUUGGGUGUUUAAGACGCAGCAUGGAUUAACACCAAAACGUUUUGUAGAGUCUGAUCUACAUUGAAACACGGACGUUGACGGAUCCCAGUGUAAGCGAUGUGCACGGUUCUGGAAUAGUUGUAUUAGAUAUCGCACUGGAAGGCAGCUUUCUGGAAGUAACUAUCUGGCGAUUCAAGAUAAUGUAGACGGACCAGAAUUUCAGUUGGUUAUGAGCAGGUGAGUGAAACAAAGAUACAUAAGAAGAUAAAGUUAAAAAUGGUGACGGAAAGACAGUAUAUUUCAAAUGUAAAAAUAACGUCAAUACAAGGGUGAUUGGGAAGAAAGUUCGUUUCAUAGUGAAUUCUGUUUCGAGGAGAAAAAUUUAAUACACGUCUAUUCCAUUCAUCCAUCGUGGAUAGUGAGGCUUACUGGUUAAGAAUCAGGGUUUUCUAGGUUUUAGGUAUACUCUCUACUUACACCAAGCAGGUUACAUUAGAGAACUUUCUGGUUUGCCCUUUCACUUUUGUGAAAAGGCCCCACCGCUUGAAGUUAGUGAGUAGGAUUUUCCUGACAGAAUACGGGGUCUUGUGAGAGCAUUUCGAGAGGAAUCCUUCCACACUCUGUUGUGUCAUGGCUUUUUAAAGGUUUGAGGUUGCCCAACGAAGUUCUACAUGCUGAACGUCUCUAUGAGACAGUUGAGGUUUUGGGUGGUUCUCGUUGUUGAUUUUUUGAGAGGUGCUAGGUGCUACACAGCGAUUCUGUAGAAAGUUUAUGACCUGGACUGUGAUCCAAACAUGCUGUUUAAUAGCUUAUGAUGCUACCCAGUUACUUAGGCCAAAGCAAUAGGGCAGAGAUUCAAACUUGAGAGCUGAUACUUAAAAGUAAAACUAUUAAACCACUGAAUGACUCUUUGUUCAACUUUGGUAUGUAAUUAUGAUUUACCUACCUUCAAAUUUAUAAGGAAUAAAUCUGAAACUGCGUGAAAUUUUGAGACUUCCAACCACCUGUCUGAUUUAUAGAAGUCACAGAUUGGCACGUGUAUGAAGUCUCUGAAUUUUAUUCUCAGCUGUGUCAGAUAAAUUUAGGCUUCUAAGUGCGUUCCGCAAGGUAACUGAAAUUCGAAAUUCGUUGAUGUGAUAUGGUUCAAAUCUUACCUUAGUGAUGGAUGCAUCCAGAUCAUAUCUUCUCAUGAUAACUGUCGUAUCGUUAUUCGGUUCUGACCAUUCUUAUUUUUGUCUUAUUGCCUUAAACGGUUCGUUCAUAGUAUUUAUGUUUCUUAGUCUCAUCGUCAGGCUGUACUGGGAUAUGAUGUUUUAAGUAUUUCAAACUGAACUGUUACGCUAAUAGGAGACCGAUACAGAUUGAUUGACUAGAUCCUGUAAAAAUAUGACUCAUUGGUGUAGAUAUUCAACCUAUAACCACUGGCUUAUGGCUUCCUAUCUACUUCGAUAUAGUUAACCAUGUCAGCUUAUUGUAAUGUAAGCACUGAGAUUCGGUUACAUAGUUUGAUUUCACCACGUUUAAACGACUCCAACUAUGGUUUGUUUUGUCAUUGAACAAAUUUUAAUUUUUAUCUGGGAAGUAGUUGAUAUUCAGCCAAAUGGAUUAUGCGUUUACAUGUUGCUCCACCUAUCGAAGUUUUGUCAGAAAGGCAGUAUCACCGACGUUUAUACGAUAGGUAUGAAUGAUAGGUUAGUGAUGUAUUUAGUUGUUGAGCUGCAUCUUAUUUAUAUUUUGCUAUUUUCCUCUUAGUCAUUCAGUAAAUUUUUAAGUAUAUUCAAUGUUAUGUUAUUGUGUAUAUCAGUAAGCAUUUUGUUUCUUUUCGCCUAUUAUUAUAGAUGCCAAUGCGUAUUUAGAGUGUUCUGCUAAAACCAAGGAAGGUGUACGUAAAGUUUUUGAAGCAGCUACACGUGCUGCUUUAUCCACAAAAGGUAAAGGAAAGAGAGGUUGUGAGCUUGUUUAAAAGAAACAGUAGUUUGAUACAUUCAACUUUCUAUUUUUUUCGACAAAAUGAUAAAGUAAAAUCAACUUGUCGGACUUCUAAGUAAUACAAACUGUGAAUUGCAUCAUCAUCUUUUAUAAAUGUAUAUGUGUUUGCUUGCUACAACGUUACUUUCACUUUCUUUCUACAUUUAUCAGCGUUAUAUUUGUAUCUCCAUGGUGCUUUUAUGAGUUCAUGCAUUUGAAUCAUGCAUUUAUAAUAGCAAAAAUAAGCAACUAACAUAUUCAGUAGUAGUCUGUGGUACACUCUAAUUUCAUUGUUCCCUCCCAUCAACUAAUAAUAUUGUUUCUGUUAACUUCUCUGUCUCUCUCAUUCUUUAUCUCCCUUAUGAUUUCUUUGCAUGAUUUAACCUACACUUUUUCUGGUUAAAAGAUCACUACACUUUUCGAUUUGUUGUUAACAGCUUCGCUCUAAAACCUUGAAGAUAAUUCUGUUAUUAUCAUUACACUUUAUCCCGUUCGGUGUUUUUCUGAAGUGAUUACUAGUUGUUAGUCAGCUAAUAACUUCCUUAAACACAAUACGAGGUGUGAUCUACCACCAAUUUUUACACCUUUAUGUGAAGCAAUGCAUUUAUUUCGCUGCAUCAUCAGUCGACGCCUACUAUCGAUACCAAAUACACUUUUAGUACUGUUAAAAAUAAUAAUGAUGAUAAUCCUUUUUUUUAUCACUGCUGUCUUCCAGGCUAAUUUUCAUUACGAUUUGUUGAUAAUAUUGAGAGAAUAACAUUUUAAAUCAUGAUUUACAUUUAUUUCUUUUUUUAAAACACUAAUACGUUGGGUAGUGUGUGUUUAUGUGUAAUCGUCGAAAACUCUUUACUGUGUUGUAACAAUAUAUAGACGAUUACAUACUCAUGAUAUUUGUAAAUGCAUGUGUCACACACACUCAUAAAACACUAUGUAUACCCUUGGAUUCAUUUAUUUUAGUUUAUAUAAUAAUAACAUAUAAUAAAUACAGUGGUCGCUUUGUCG